ACUGCAAGUCCCAUCAUCCGUGGCAAGUUUGGUCCAGAUCCCUCGUGGGUUGGGUUCACAGUUCUCUCUGGAUGUCGGUCAAGUACAAUCAUGGUGAAUUCUCCCCAAACCUCUUCUUCAGUUGCUGAUCGAUUCCUCUGUGAACUGUGUGCCAUAGGAAAGGGUUAGGGGAGAGGCAGUGGGCGGGGUCAUGCAAAUUAGGAACCCUGGCAUGUCCAUUCUGUAGGAGAAAAAGAGCAUCUGGGAUGAAAUCGUCCCGGCAAGAAAGCCUUUACUUGUGUGGGGGGCAGAAUGUUGUUUGUGGAGGGCGCUGGCAGGGUCUGGGCUACAUGUUCGUGGCGCUCACUAUAACCUGCAUGUCAAUGGAGGGAGGGCCAUGGGUGUCUCCUGAUCAAUGUGAACUAAAGCUCUUUGUGGAGGCCAAAGGGAGGCUGUCUGUGUAAGUGGACACUUCCUCCACAUACACACAUACACAUUUUUCACUUUUAUUCUUUUCACUCUCCUUCUUUGGAGGCUUUUAAGCAGUCAAUGUUUUUGUAGUCAGUUUUCAAUACAUUGAGAUAUUUGGGUGCUAAAUUCAUAAAUACAGUUAUUGCUACAUAACAUUACCAUGUAUUGAACUGCUUUUUCUGUUGAUUUGUUGUAAAACAUGAUGUUUUGGGGUUAAUUUGUAAAAUCAUAAUGUAAUUUGAUGUUUAAUAGGCUUUUCCUUAAUCCCUCCUUAUUAUCCAGCAUUUUUUCUUAUCCAAUGUUCUGCUGGCCCGUUUAUGUUGGCUAAGCGGGACUCUACUGUACUUUCAAAGGCAGCCCCACUUAGAGCACAUUACAGUAAUCCUGAUGGGAUGUAACUAAGGCAUGUACCACCAUGGCCAGAUCUAACUUCUUAAGGAACGGGUGCAGUUGGUGCACAAGUUUUAAUUAUGCAAAGGCCCUUCUGGCCAACACUGAUACCUGGGCAUCCAGGUUCACUGCUAAGUUCAGGAGGAUUCACAAAUUGCGGACCUGUGUCUUCAAGGGGAGUGUGAACCCAUCCAGCACAGGCUGAAUCCCUAUUCCCUGAUCUAUGUUAUGACUGACCAGGAGCAUCUCUGUCUUGUCUGGAUUAAUUUUCAAUUUAUUUGCCCUCAUCCAGUCCAUUACUGAUGACAGACUAGUUUAGGGUCAGGGCAGCUUCCUUGGCAUUUGGUAGAUAGAAGUAGUAGAGUUGGGUGUCAUCUGUACAUAGGUAGCAUCGUACUCCAAAACCCUGGAUGACCUCUCUCAGCAGUUUCAUGUAUAUGUUGAACAGCAUGGAGGACAAAAUGGAACCCUGAGGAACCCCACAGGUCAAUGGCCAGGGGUUCAAACAGGAGUCCCCCAGCACCACCUUCUGGAUAUGGACCUCCAGGAAGCACUGGAGCCAGUGUAAGAGAGUGUCUUCCAGUCCCAGCACAGCAGGAUGACCCAGAAGGAUACCAUUCUGUAUGAAUCUGGUCGCCUUUGCUGAUUUCUAUGAAUGUCCUUACUCUUCAUACCUCCAUUUCUUGAUAUUUCCAUUUUCAACAUGGGCCAUGAAGGGAAAAAGAUAAUCUUAGAAAUAAAGGAGGUUUGCCGUUUCAUGUUUAAUAUUUUGCUUCUUUUUUCUUGACCAGCGAAAUGAAGACCCUAUGAAGUCACCUGUGGUAUGAUAAGAAAAUGUCAGUAUCGAAUGGGUAUUUAGAAAUUUGGAAACCAAACUGCAAAGAUGAAAGAAACUGUAUAGGAAGAAGAAAUCCUCUCUAGGUGCCGCUCUUCUGGAACUCAUUUUUUAUCAGAAAGAAAAAGGGAAUACUCAAGUAUCCAUAUUGCAAAUAAUCAUAUACAUAAAUGUCAACAUGGAGGAGAAACCCUAUAAAUGUCUGGAGUGUGGACAGAGCUUCGCAGAAAAUGGAACUCUACAUAAACAUCAAAGGACUCACACUGGGGACAAACCGUAUAAAUGCCUGGAGUGUGGACAGAGCUUCACUUAUAGUUCAAGUCUACAUUCACAUCAAAGAACUCACACUGGGGAGAAACCUUAUACAUGUCUGGAGUGUAGACAGUGCUUUUCUCAGAGUGGAAGUCUACGUUCACAUCAAAGGACUCACACUGGGGAGAAACCCUAUAAAUGCCUAGAGUGUGGACAGAGCUUCCGUCAGGGUGCAAAUCUACGUUCACAUCAAAUGACUCACACUGGGGAGAAACCCUAUAAAUGCCUAGAGUGUGGACAGAGCUUCAGUCAGAGUGGAAAUCUACACACACAUCAAAGGACUCACACUGGGGACAAACCCUAUAAAUGCCUGGAAUGUGGAAUGAGCUUCACAAGGAGUGGAAGUCUACGUUCACAUCAAAGGACUCACACUGGGGAGAAGCCCUAUAAAUGCCUGGAUUGUGGACACAGCUUCACUGAAAAUGGACAUCUACGUAAACAUCAAAGGACUCACACUGGGGAGAAACCAUAUACAUGCCUGGAGUGUGGACAGUGCUUCCGUCAGGGUGCAAAUCUGCGUUCACAUCAAAGGACUCACACUGGGGAGAAACCUUAUAAGUGCCUGGAGUGUGGACAGAGCUUCAGACAUAGUGGAAAUCUACGUUCACAUCAAAGGACUCAUACUGGGGAGAAACCCUAUAAAUGCCUAGAAUGCGGAAUGACCUUCACUCAGGGGGGAAAUCUACAUUUACAUCAAAAGACGCACACAAGGGAGAACCCCUAUAAAUUCCUGGAGUAUAGACAGAGCUUCGCUCAGAGUGGACAUCUAAGUUCACAUGAAGGAUUCAGAGUGGAGAGAAACCUUAUAAAUGCCUGUAGUGUGACAGAGCUUCACUGAAAGUGGAACACUAUGUAAACAUCAAAGGACUCACUAGGGAGGAGCCAUAUGAAUGCCUGGAGUGUGGACAGUUCUUCUCUCUGAUUAGAAAUCUACAUUCACAUGAAAGGGCUGACACUGGGGAGAAGGAAAGGACUACUCACCCCAUCCUUAUGCUGGGACUGGAAGAAAGGCAAGACAUGCUCUGUACCUCCUCCCCGAUCCUCAGGUUGUCCUCUUGCCAUUAUGCCAAGAGGAGGGUGAGACAGGCAGUAGCUGAGAGUGCUCUGCAGGGUUCUCAGCCACCACGUGCGUGCCUUCCUCCUGGCAUAAGGAUGGGGCCACUCACACUGUCCUUAUGCCAGGAGACGGGCAAGACACACGGUGGCUGAGAGCACUCCAGAGGCUCUCUGCUGCUGCGUGCCUCCCUCUCUCAUCUUUUUGGCAUACGGAUGCGGUGGGCCAUUAUGUCCUUAUGCCGAGAGGACAAGGAAAAUAAGGAGGGCCUGAGGUAAGCACCCAGUGGGCUGCAUCCAGCCCCCGGGCCUUAGUUUGCCCAUGCCUGCCCUAAACGGUUCCAGCCCAGCUUACAUGACUGAAUGCAUCUCCCUCUAUGAACCACCAUGGAGAUUAAGAUCGUCUGGGGAGGCCCUGCUCUUGGUCCCACCUUCUUUGCAGGUGCAACUGGCGGGGACGAGAGACGGGGCUUUCCUUCUCGGUGGUGGCCCCUCCCUCCCUCGGCUGUGGAACUCACUCUCCAGCAACCUGUUGCCCUGCAGACUAGGACGCAAGGGACAAUGGCUUCAAACUACAGAAAAGGAGAUUCCACCUGAACAUCAGGAAGAACUUCCUCACUGUGAGAAGGGCUGUUCGACAGUGGAACUCUCUCUGCCCAGGACUGUGGUGGAGGCUCCUUCUUUGGAGGCUUUUAAGCAGAGGCUGGAUGGCCAUCUGUCGGGGGUGCUUUGAAUGCGAUUUCCUGCUUCCUGGCAGGGGGUUGGACUGGAUGGCCCAUGAGGUCUCUUCCAACUCUACUAUUCUAUGAUUCUAUGACAUCAGAUCAGCCCCCUCCCUCUUAGCCUUCAGAAGGAAAGUAAAAACUUUGCUCUGGGAUCAGGCUUUUGGAGAAUAGCGCAAUGCAAUACUUGAUUUGGAAUAUGUGCAAUGACUAUGGAACGGACUUGGGCUACGAUUUCUGGAUGGCUUGAUUUUAAUAUUAAAUGUAAUAAUAAUAAUAAUAAUAAUAAACUUUAUUUAUACCCCGCCACCAUCUUCCCGUGGGGACUUGGGGCGGCUUACAUGGGGCAGAGGCCCAAACAACACAAGGACAAAAUAUAAACAACAUAAUACAAUCACAAUAUAAAACAGAUAAAACAGUAGUGCAGUAAUCAAUUAAAACAACAAUACAGGAUAAAAAAUUACAUUAAAAACACAUAAAAGGCAAGACCGUAAUAAAUACAGGAUAGAUUAUUAAAAACCCUCUGGGGCUGAUUAAUUAAUGACUGUAUCUCGUACAGCCUGCUGUAUGUAAUGGUUUUUAAAUGUUGAGUAAAGGUAAAGAGUUUCCUUUACUUAAGGAAAUUGCCUUCUCCCAGAGAGACCCCAGGAGCAACAGCACCUGAAGGAGGGCCGGAGUUUGCCCAUGCCAGGUAUCGAUACAUAGCGAGAUCUGGAGGGAUGAAGGCAUCCACCGGAGAGGCCACGAGGGAGGAGCCUUUGCCUUCAGGCCUGGCUUGGGAGGCUCUUUCCUCUGCACCCCUUCCUUCCUUUCUGCGGGGAGGAUGGGAGUUGCAAUCCGGGGAGCCCUUCAUCCUCUUCCCCCCUCUUUCUGCAGCAGCAGGGAUCCCUUCCCAGGCCCCAGCCCUUCUUCCUUUCUCUGGGCCUUGAACUCCCUCAAGCCUCAGCUCCCUUGGGCCAAGAGCAGGGAUUAUGGGGCAUGGAGUCCCAGGACUUGAGAAGGAAGGAAGAAUAGAAGGAAGGAAGCAAGCAGAGCAGGGUCAACUAAGACCCUGGUGUGCGCUUUAUCCACUCCCUGGCCCUAUGAUACUCUGAUGCACAAGUCUUUACCUAUCCCUUAUAAUUGACCAUGUCUACCUUGAAGUCCCGUUUACUGGUAUUUGAAUCCUUGAUUGAGUACAUUGAUUUGGAUUUGUAAUUUUAUGUCUGUUUUUAAUAUAAUUGUUUUGUGUGUUGUCAAAGGCGUUCAUGGCCAGCAUCACUGGGUUGCUGUGCAUUUUCUGGGCUGUACGGUCAUGUUCUGAAAACAGGAAUUACAGAUAUGGAUCAGUCAGGAGCAGCUAACACCUCCAAACAAAGGAUUCCCCCAGGCAAGAUUGAAGCUUGCAAUGCCAUUUUUUUAUUUCUUGAUGUUGAUGCAUUUAUUGUAUUUUUAAUGGUGCUAUGUUAUGUUGUUUUAUAUUUUGUUAUAUUGUAUUGCUCUGGGCAUGGCCCCAUGUUAGCCGCCCCGAGUCCCCGUUGGGGAGAUGGUGGCGGGGUAUAAAUAAAGUUUUAUUAUUAUUAUUAUUAUUAUUAUUAAUCAAGAUGAUUACAACAUUCACACUGGCCACCAACAGACAAGAGUUAUUCCUCCCAACCCGGACCUUCAUAGAUACAUCAGCCUCCCUUACUUAGUUUUCCAAUAUACCUCACAACCUCUGAGGAUGCCUGCCAUAGAUGUGGACAAGAGAGAAUGCUUCAGGAACAUGACCAUACAGCCUGGAAAAUGCACAACAACCCAGGAUUGUUUUGGUUCUGUCUUAUGAUGUUGUUUAUUAUGUUUAUAUGUUUAACUUUGUUGUAUGGUGCUUUUUGACAAUUGAAUGUUCUUUACGUUCAUGUUGGACACUGCCCUGAGUCCUUGUGAGAGGGAGCGGUAUAUAAAUAAAAUUUAAUAUAAAUAAUACUAAAAAUAACAAUAAUUUAUUAUUAUUCCAAUUUUCUCCCUAACAGGACCCAAAGUGGCCAAGAACAUCUAUACGCAUAAUAAAAGUGAAUAUGUGUGUGUGGUUGGGGUGUCCACUUACACAGACAAGCUCCUGCCUUCACAAACAGCUCUAGCUCCCACUGCACGGGAGACACCAGUGGCCCUCCCUCCAGUGACAUUGCAGGUUAUAGCGGGCACCACGAACAUACCCAAGAGCCCUGCCACUGUCCUCAACAAACACCAUUCUGCCCAACACCCAUGGGAAGAUUUUCAUACGGGGACAAUUUCAUGCUAGAUUUCCUGUGUUUCUUCCACCACAGACGCCAUAGUGUUCCUGACUUUCUCCAUUGGUGUUUAUUUUAUUUCGUGUCAAAAGCAUUGUACAACAAAUACAUUUCAAAAUGAUGGGGGAAAAAAGGAAAUCACAAGCAACUAAAUAGUUUUGGACCAAAAGCGGGCAACAGCAACCGCAUUGUCUGUAGCUUUAAACAACUCCUCCUCCAUACAUGAGGCAGGGCAUUGUGGGCAAGCAGAGAUAUGCGGAGUUGUUUGUUCAGCUCCACAGUCACACAAGGUGGAGGAUUCCUCCAGGUAGUGCCACCUUGCCAAGUUGUCUUUUGAUCUGCCCACUCCACUUCUGAGUCUGUUCAGGGACUUCCAAGUUGCCCAUUCUUGGUUUGCCCCGGGAGGAAGGAAGACCCUCAUGGGGGGCCAUCCAGUUAGAAUUGCCAGGUUUAGCUGCCCAGAGGGACACCCUUGCUGCUGCUGGAGGAACAUCAGGAGGAGUGGUGGUUCUCAUGAAGCCCUUCCUUGAUUUGAGUCUACUGGGAGGAGGCUGAUAGUCAUGCAGUGGGUGGCUUUCACAGUGUUCAACCUUUUUUCUCUCGCAGUUAGCAGCAACUGGGGGACACGGAAAGAGCCUCCCCGAAGAUUGAGUAAAUUCAGUCAGGCGUCCCCUGGGCAACGUUUCUUGUAAGCGGCCGAUCUUUCCAAACCCAAAAGCAUUGGAUGAAUGGAUGAAUACCAAAGGUCUUUAUCAAGACCAUUGCUAACGAUUAUGUCCAUUGGUGUUGAAUUUGCAUGACCUCGCCCACUGCCUCUCCCUUAACCCUAUCCUUUUCUAUGGCACACAGUGAGCAGAGGAAUUCAUCAGCAACUCAACAUACUGGAGAACUUUGGGGAGAAUAAACCAUGAUUUCUAGGAGUUGUAGGUCCUGGGAUGUAUAGUUCACCUGCAGUCUAAGAGCACUCUGAACCCCACCAACGAUGGAGCUGGAAUUCACUUGGCACACAGAACCCCCAUGACCAGCAAAAAUACUGGAGGUCUUUGGAGGGAUUUCUAGGAGUCAUUGUUCAAUACAGACAACAAACAAACAUUAGUUUAGGCUUCAAGUGAGGAGAAGAAUUUGAGUCUAGCGCCCCUGCAAUUUGUAGUCCUACCAAGUACGUACUAGCUUUCCUUGCUGUCCCUGUAGUGAUUGAGGGCCAAUACAGACCACAAUCAAACCUUGUAAGCAUCACGCGAGAAGAACAAUUCUGGUCUAGUACCACUGCCCAUUUGUAGUCCUCCCAAGUACCUUGCUUUUCUUUCCACUGGUUGUAAAACUAUAAUUCAGUCCUGCCUAGUGUGCCUUGGUUUCUGGGAGGGAAAUCCCAAGUUGCCAGGAAUCCACUGGUGCCUGAGUGGGUUAACUGGGACCCCUGUCAGUCUCAGUCAAUAUGUAGCAUUCCCAUGGCUGUGGGGCAGGUUGUGCGUCCUCUGGGCCUGGCUGGGGUUUCAGAGGGGGAGCGAGAGGGAGGGGAGUUGCUCCCAUUUGGCCAGAGGCCCGGCUGCCCCUUUCACUCCUCCUCCUCCCCCUCGCUGCCUUUUCUCUCCUUGAGCAAACAGACCGGGAACACCGCGCUGCCCAACAGACACACCUUUGGUGCCUCCAGGUUUGUUCCCUGUUUCUGGGCCUGAUUGACCUGCUGACUCCCCAAAGGGUGACGGUUUGCUCCAUCAGCUCUUGUUUGUGAGGCCAAGAUUAUGUGCCAAGACCAGUGUCCAUCUGAUGUCCAUGAGAACCCAUUACAACAUGCACAAUUCUGCACUGGGACCCUUUCUGAGGAGGGGAUGCAACUCCCUCCAGGGCCAGAUCUAGCCAGCUGUACCUCCCAUGACCCCACAUCUGGCAGAGGACAAUUCUGGGCGGACAUGCCCACUUUUUUGUCGGGGUGCAGCUCCCAUCACCCCCAGGCUGUGCAGUGAAAGGGUCAGGAUGGCGAGAGAUGCAGGCUUCCUGUCCGUUGGGGGGCCCAAGAGGGGACUCAUGCGCUCUCCUGAUGGGGAAGGAUUUCUGUGCAUCCUCCGUCGUGCCUCCUUCACCUCACCAGGAUUUUAAGUGGAAUACUUUUAAGUUGGAUCACAAAGUGACUGCAUUAUUGUUAUCAUUACUAGGGGUUGGUGUAACGUCUGAUUUGCUAGUAAAAUUGAAUUGCCGUGUCUCAAAAUGAUGCAUGUCGAUAAAGUGUGUCACCACCAUGAAAUCGCUGGAAAGUCCUGAUCUGGACAUUAAAGGCCUAUUGGUGCAGCUUAGGAUCCCGUUGACUUUUUUAGCAGCCGCAUGGCACUGUUGGUUCACGUUCAGCUUGCCGUCUCUUAAGACUCCGAGAUCCCUUUCCCGUGAAUUGUUUUCAAGUCCGGUCUCUUCCAUCCUAUAUCUCUGCAUAUCCUUUUUAUUGACAAUUACAAUACAAUAUAUUUUUCCCUGUUGAAAUCCAUUUUGUAGUUUAGGCUCCUUCUCUCUAAUCCAGGGGUCCCCAAACGAAGGCCCGGGGGCCACAUGCGGCCCAUCGAAGCCAUUUAUCCGGCUCCCUCCUCCUCCUCCUCCUCCUCCUCCUCCUCCUCCCCUGAGGAAGGCGCAUGUGGCGCAAGGGAGGAGCCAAAGACACCGCCUUUCCCGCCUCAUCCCUCACCCACUGUGCCUUCCAGACCUUUGCUUGUUUAUAAUGGUAUUUUAAUUAUUAUUUAAUUAAUAAUUAAUUAUCAAGGGGGUGCACAAAGGCAGAAGGGGGUUGGAUUAAAUGGCCCAAGGGGUCUCUUCCAACCCCCUUUAUUAUUAUUGACACAAAAACACAGUAUAACACAGCAAACAAGAUAUAUAUGCUGGAUUUCAUAUCACAAAAUCACAAGUUCCCAAGCAUUUAGGGCUGUGUGAUUAUGAUUAUUAACAACAUUGAGGCUGGGUGACCAUCUGUCAGGGGUGCUUUGCUUGUGCUUUCGGUGCACAAAGGCAGAAGGGGGUUGGAUUAAAUGGCCCAAGGGGUCUCUUCCAACCCCCUUUAUUAUUUUUAUUAUGAUUAUGAUUAACAUUGAGGCUGUAUUUGUUCCCAUUUGGUUUUUUUUACCUUCAAAAUAAGAGAUGUGCAUUGUGCAUAGGAAUUUUAUAGGGUAUUUUUUUUCAACUAUAGUCCGGCCCUCCAAUGGUAUGAGGGACCGUGAACUGGCCCCAUUUAAAAAGUUUGGGGACCCCUGCUCUAACCUGUUGGGGCCAUUUUGGGUCCCGAUCCCCCAGAGCCCCUCCCUCCCUCCCUCCCACCCACCCACCCACCGGGCUCCUGGGCCGGCCUUCUGGGCCCCACCGCCAGGACUUUUGCCCCAGGCCCACUAGUGGGAUAGGCUUUGUGCUUCUGGCUGGAAGAAGAACUCUUAUUUUAAUGUGUUCUGUGUUGUGUAUUGUUUUGCUGUCAACCUAAUCAGCUCAUCAGCCUGAUCGAGGUGGGUUAAGUCAUAACCACACUAUAUAAUAAAUUAUUGGAUUAGGCGACAGAAUCUGAAGUAGUCAAAGAAUCAAUGUUAAGAUGGUCAAGGGAUGUAGGCAGACCAAUCUUAAUGAACGAAUGGGAAACAAUUUGGACCAAGAAAAUUAAAUACUGCCUAGCAACCGAUCUCAAAGAAAAUUGGCUGAAAACAAUACAUAGGUGGUACUUAACACCAAAAAAAUAGGCUUUAUGUUCAAGAAUACAGAUAACAGAUGUUGGAGGUGUAAGGAGCAAGUAGGCUCAUACCACCAUAUGUGGUGGGGCUGUAAGAACAUAAAAAAAUUUGGAAAGUAAUUAGUGAUGAAUGUGGGAAAAUUCUAAAAGUCAAAUUCGAAUGUAAGCCAGAACUCUUUUUAUUAGGAUUAUACCCUACACUAGAUAGCGAGGAGAAGGUCAUAAUGGAAAAUAGGAAUAAUGUAGAGAAAAUUUUUACGUUUUUAGUAACCGCAGCUAGACUAGUAAUAGCAAGAUAUUGGAAAGGAACAACCACCCCAACUAAAGAAAUGUGGCUGGAAAAAGAGAUUAAAAAUAUGGAUAAAUUGACCUACAUGGUAAAAAAAAAACACCGGACGCGCCAUGAAGGAAACGGACGGGUCAGACUUUGAAACGUAUCUACAAGAAGAACUAAGAAGAUGACGGAUAAGCAGAUUGAACGGGAAGACAGAAGAGUGGAAGUCUACCCCCCCCCCCAGAUAGACAACUUUUCCCUUACUUUUUCCUUUCCCCCCUUCCCAGAUAACCCCUCUACCCAUUUUACACCUCCUUGAUAGAGCCCCUAAACCCUUCCCCGGCCCUGGUAGAGAACAGACCCCUUCCCAUCUUACCCAAUUCCACCCUACCCACUUCCCUACCCAUAUUUCCCCUAUCUUUCCCUUUAGUUCUUUUCUCGAUUGUAACAAAUUUCAAUAAAAAUUAUUAUUUUU